AUGUCAGCCAAGAAGUCCGACAAACGGGGCGGAAAGGGCUCGUCAAUCAAAUUAGAGUUGAAUAAAGCUCAGAAACAGGAUAUACUCGAAGCGUUCAAUUUACUUGACUCGGAGGGAUCCGGUAUUAUUCGUGGACGCGAUUUGAAAGUAGCCUUACGCGCACUUGGGUUUGAACCGACCGGUUCCGAGUUGCGACACCUGCUCACUGAAUACGAUAAAGAGAAUAAAGGUAAUUCUGUGGGUUCUCAUUUAAUUGACCAAGCAGACGGACUCGAUUUCAAAAACUUCCUGGAAAUUGUGACUAACAAGAUGACCGACAAGGACACACGGGAGGAUCAUGUCCGAGCGUUUCAGAUGUUCGAUGAGGAGGAAAAAGGAUAUAUUGGUUUUUCUAAUUUAAAAAAUGUGGCAAAGUUGCUUGGCGAAGACAUAGCUGAUGAGGAAAUUCAGGAAAUGAUCGACGAGGGUGACAAAAGUGGUAACGGCAAAGUCAGUGAACAGGAAUUUCUACGAAUCAUGCGAAAAACCACACUAUUUUGA